AUGAAGACACUAAUAGUCCUCUCAGUAAUAGUAGUCUUAUCAGCCGCAAGUCCAGCGUUCAUAGGGAAGGAUGAAGAGUCAAGGCUGAAUGGUGUUCUGAAAACUGUCAAGCGUCAAAGAAAGUCUCUUGUUGAAGAUUCUCCUUCGGAAUUACUGAAAGGACAUGAGACUAAUAAUGGAUUACUCAACAGUGAAAUUGACGCACAAACAGGAAAAGCUCAUUCACAAAGAAGGCCCAUUCUUGUAAGAAGAAAAUUUGGCUACAAACUUUUCCGUGAUUCCAACGAGGAAACAGCGCAACCUGAACCACGAGAGAAGUGUCGAAGACAGUUCAGAUUUAAGCUUUGUGAUGAUGAAUUACCAGCGACUGGCAUGAGGAGUUUGGACAACGAAGAAGACCAUGAAGAAAUGUCAGAGAUCGACGUUGAACAGAGCAUACAAAUGGCAAGGGAGGCCGUAGAAAUUUUACAAAGAGAUUUAAAAAAGAUGGAACAAACUUCUAAAUUAAUACAAAAGAAACCAGUUGAAAACCAACAAGUCGGCGAAGUGACACCAAGGGAAAUACUUGAACACAUUGAAGCAAGAGAAGAUCCGGAAUGGGCACAUGAAAAAACAACAUUGGAUGAAAAUUUAGCUACUAAGUCUGAAGAGGCCAGGAUGGCCGAAUGGAAAGAAGCUAUUGAAAACAUUCAAAAAAAUGUUGAGAUAGCAAAAAACAUUGAAGACACAUUUAGAAGGUCUAGUAAUGGUCAUCUUUUUUCAGAGGAAGCUGAACUAUUGCAUACAGAACAAACUAAAGGCUCUCAUGAAGAGAUGAAUCUUAAAAAUUUAGAACCUCAGGCUAGAGAUAUGGAAGUAUCCGAAUCGUCUGAUAAGCAUGAAAAACAACAAAAAAACGCUCUAAAUGAGAAUAAUUUGCAAGAAAUUAAGGAGCAAGCAAAACAUGUAGAAGAUUUAUCAAAACCGGUGAGCUUGAGGGUUGAGUCAGAUACCUUAGAAAGUAAAGCAAGAAGUAUGGAAAUAGUUAACCCGGAACUUGAAGCUGAAACUGCAGAGAAAAAAUUUAAUGUACAAGAGAAGAAGAAAUCAGAUGAAAAUAUGGAGGUUUUCGCUACUGAAAAUAAAAAACAAAAAGUUAGCCUUCAUAGCGAUAGCUUGAAGCUUGAAAAAUCUGCAGAAAUGGAUUUAAUUACAUCAGCUGAAACUAUUAAUGAGCCACACAUAUCUCGCGAGGUAGAACAGUUAAAAACUGAUGAACCUGCUGAAGAGAUGAAAAAACCAUCAAUAAAUGAUUUAAAAAAUAUCCAAAGAUCAUCUGAGAUAACAGAAAAAAUCUCAAAUCUCGAAGACGAGAGGUUUGCAUCUGAAAGUUUAGCUGAUCUUCAGAAAUCAAAUAAAGAUUGGGAGGAAAGCAAUACUGUCAUGAGUGCAAAACAUGCAGAGAAGGAAAAUACUGAAGGUGCUGAAAGAAAAGCCCUAAUAGUUGAUACAGAAAGCAAAACGUUAGAAACAAUCCAUCCAAAAGAACAACGAAUGUCGGAAAAUAGCAUGGCAGAAGACAACCCAUCUACAUUUUUAAGGGAAGAACAUGAUUUAAAUAAUCAGCGGACAUCUGAUGCUGAUACAGCAAUGGAACCCAGCAUGCAUAUGAAUAUGAGAGAGAAUAUGGAGAAGAGUGCAAUGCCUUGGAACUAUCAUCACUCCUCAGGAAAGUCUGGUUAUCUGUCUUCUUCAUCACUAGUUGGUUCUAACUCUGGUGGUUCGAGUGCUGUUGGUAUAUUUCCCAAUACUCACAGUGGUUGCGGAAUUCCUUUAAUGCUCAGCUGCUCGCCAUCAGUCGUGUCUGGAAGAUUAGCUAAGGCAAACUCGUUAGGAUAUCCAGCAGCGGGCUAUAGACCUGGAGAAGAUUUUAAAUACUACGUUAAACGGGAUGCAAAGCAUAUACAAGACAUUGCAACGAAGGUUAAAACUGCCCCAACUCAUACCAUGUGA